AGUACCAAAGACUACUAGUACUUUUUCCCUUUACCCUAGAAAUCUCCAAUUACAGCUAAUUAUCACAAAAACAUGGGUUUCGACUACUAUGGCAUACUAUCAGUCAAGAGAAACUGCACCCAGGACGAGAUAAAGAAGGCAUACCGGCGCCUCGCGCUCAAAUACAACCCUGAACGAUACGGGAAUGACGAAAACAUGACACAAAUCUUCGCCCUCAUAGCUGAAGCCUAUGAGGUCCUGGUAGACCACAAGCUACGAGCAGUCUUCGACCAAUACGGGGAAGAGGGGCUCAAAAAAGGAGUACCAGGGCCGCAGGAAUACAUACAACCCUACACAUACCAUGGAGAGCCACUCAGGACUUAUCACGAGUUUUUUGGAACCUCAAACCCUUACGCUGACCUUCUAGACAACUACGAGAAUGCAUCCCAGGGCAAUUUAUCCAAAGGAUACAAGGAUAAGGACCCAGAAAUCAUUAGACCUCUGGCUUUGUCUCUUGAAGAAGUCUACAAAGGUGGUAUGAAGAAGAUGAAGAUACAGAGAUUGGUGUUUACCGACGAAACGUGUUCUGAACUGAAAUUGAGGGAAAAAGUGUUGUCUAUUCCUAUCAAGCCUGGGAUUUACCCUAAUACUGAGAUAAGGUUCAAAGAGGAGGGUGAUCAAGGACCCACCAGAAUACCGGCUGAUGUGGUAUUCGUGACCGAAGACCGUCCACACGAUACAUACGUAAGACAAGGACUAAGUGACUUACUGACCGUCCGAACUGUGUCCUUAGAAGAAGCACUAUGCGGCCUGACCAUAACUCUGAAAACAUUAGACGAUCGAACCCUACGCGUUCAUGUUACUGACGUCAUCACUCCGACUUAUGAAAAGGUGGUAGAAGACGAGGGGUUGCCUCUCCUACCGUGCCCGACUAAGGCUAAAGGGAAUCUGAUAAUAAGGUUCCAUUUAGAGUUUCCUAAAUAUCUCUCGAAGCGAGCGAAGGACGUGUUUGCGGAUGCGUUUGAGGUCAGUGAGAAAGAAGCUGAGAAGUUUAAGAAGUUGAAGUGUGGUACACUGGAAACUGAUUGAGAUUUGAGAAUCCUUUAUCUGGUACCUUUGUUCAAACCGGGUGGAUUAUUUGGAUAUCUUUUUUUGUUGUUGCGAAUAUUAUUAUAGCCGAGACAGUUUGUUGUCUUGACGGCCGUCUCAAGUAAUAAAAUUACACUUCCUAUGUAUAUAAUUAGAUUUAUUUAUAUUCUUAUCUUUCUUUGGAAAUAAAAUAUUUGAAAGAUU